AUGAAGUCCACCGGCAGCGAGCCGUGCAGCGCGCCGCCCGACGGCUUCACCUCCGACCUGGACGAGCUGGACAGCAGCGGCAGCGACAGCUCUGACGGAAAGUCCACCGGCGGCUGCAGCCCGCGCAGGGAGCCGGGGGAGGCUGCGGGGGACGCGGGAGCGGCCGGAGGAGGCUCCCCGAGGUGGAGGAGGAGGCGGAGGCGCAGCAGCAGUGGAGGUGGAGGUGGAGCAGGCGACGGGGACACGAGUCUGCCCGGAGCCAGCAAGCAAAGGCAGGCGGCCAACGCGCGGGAGCGGGACCGGACGCACAGCGUGAACACGGCCUUCUCCGCGCUGCGCACGCUCAUCCCCACCGAGCCGGCCGACAGGAAGCUCUCCAAGAUCGAGACGCUGCGUCUGGCCUCCAGCUACAUCUCCCACAUGGCCAACGUGCUGCUGCUGGGGGAGGACUGUGUGGACGGGCAGCCCUGCCUGCGCUACCAGAGCAUCCUGCACGGCACCGCGGCGCUCAGCGCGUCCUCCCUAAGGCCGAUCUGCACUUUCUGCCUCAGCAACCAGAGGAAACUGCUCAGAGAUGGAGGGAAGCACUCAGCAGCUGUGUGA